AGACCCCGCCCCCCCGGGGAGACCCCUCGAGGUGAGGUUCCGCCCUCGGGGCCCGCCCACCGCUUCCGCCGCCGCAAGGGCCGGGGGCGCGGCCGGGAGGGUCCGCCGGCGGACUGCGGGCCCCACUCCCGCCUCGGCUCCCGCGGCCGCCUCCGCGGGGACACUGGCCCCCGAGGCCGGACAAAGGCGGCCCCGCCAUGGCUCUGAGCGCAGACGGCUCCGGCGACAAGGGCGCGGGCGCGCAGGAUCUGGAAUCCCUCGACACCUACAUCCAGAACACACUCUCUGACCUCUACCCACCGUUUGAGGCCACGGCGGCCACGGUGCUCUGGCAGGUGUUCAGCGUGGCUGAGAGGCUCCACGGAGGCGAUGGGCUGCGCUGCCUCACUGACUUCCUCAUCCCUGCCACGAGGGCCCUGCAGCACCUGCAGCAGGAGGCCUGUGCCAGGUACACAGGCCUCAUCUUCUUCCACGAAGGCUGGCCACUGUGCAUCCACGGGAAGGUGGUGGUGCAGCUGGCGUCCCUGCGCGGAGUCAGGCUCAGGCCCGGGGACUUCUACCUGCAGGUCACAUCGGUGGGGAAGCAGUCAGCCAGGCUGGUCUUAAAAUGCCUCUCUCGGCUGGGACGAGGCUCAGAGGAAGUUGCUGUGCCUGAGGCCAUGUAUGGCUGUGUCUUCACAGGAGAGUUCCUGGACCGGGUGAACAGGGAACGCAACAGUGUCCUCUUGAAAAACUGCUUGCUGACCUCAGGCUCUGCUGUCUACCGCACCCCAUGGAGCAACGUCACAGUCCCUGUGUUUGUACCCAUCAGCGGAAGAGUCCUGCCCCACUGCUCCAGCCAUCCCGGGCCUGAGCGGCCACCCAGCAGUGCCUCUGAGGCCCUGGCCCCAGCACCAGCCAUGGCCAGCAACACUCCGACCCUGCCUCACUGCGGGGGGCACAAGGACAGUGACCAGCCCAGCCACCUUCCUUCCCUGAGAAGAGCUGAGUGCAAAAGCCCCGGGACCCUGCCCGGGAGCUCUGAUGUCAGCCCGUGGGAGCCCCGUGCCAGCCCUGAAGGACCAGGAGAGAGACUGGACCCCAUGGACAAGAAGGAUGGCCCCCAGGCUCUCACCUCCCCCGAGGACGCAGGCAGCCUGAGCUCCAGCAGGCGGCCGCCUGGGGCUCCUGCGGCUGUGGAGGCCAGACGCUGGUUCAGGAAUUCCUACAUGGAGGCCCUGCAGAACCCCAUGCCCCUAGGCUCCAGCUCCGAGGAGUCCCUCGUGGAUGAUGCCUGCAGCACCCGGAACAAGAGGGCCGCGCCAGGGUCCAGCCAGCCCCAGAAAGAAACCCCCGGCCCCCAGGGAGAACGCCAGGGGAUCCGGAGACGACAGAGCUGUCCCAGAGCCGCUGGGAGGACCCUUCCCAGGAGGUCUCAGUCCUGGGACCGAUCCCUCAAGAGCUACCGAGGUGAUGCCCCGCAUUCGGCCAGCACCGGACCUGGAGGUCACCUAGGAGGACAAGCUGUGGGAACCAGAGACUUGGGCUGCAGCCACCCCUCUGGCUGCACCAAGGAGGAAGCCGGUGUCCCCACAGGUGGCUGCAGCUCCCGAGGACACGACCCCCGCAGGUCUCCUGACCUGCUUGCUGAGCUGCUGUGUUCCGAGGAUGAGGGACAGCCCCCCAGCACAGGAGACCUGCCCAGCCAGGUGCCCAGGCAGGUGCUGGAGAUCAACUCGGAGCUGCUGCAGUCUGGGGUCGUCAUCCUCCCAGGGACCCGAGACCGCCAGGGGAGAGCAGUAGUGCAGGUCUGCACAAGAGGCCCACUCUGGUCCAGCCAACACAUGUCCAGUGCCGAGCUGACCCUCCUGCUGAAGUACCUCCAUGGCAUCCCCAGGAAGGAGGUGCGGGACCUGGGGCUGGUCAUCCUGGUGGACACACGCAAGAGUCCGGCCGUCCCUGCCCUCUCCCAGGCCCUGGCAGCUCUGCAGAACAUAUCUCCACCCAUAAUUCAUAGUAUUUUGCUGUUGGUGGAUAAAGAUUCCGCAUUCAGGCCUGACAAGGAUGCAGCAAUUCAGUGUGAGGUGGUGGGCUCCCUGAAGGCCCUGCACAAGUUUGUCGACAGCUCCCAGCUGACCGCAGACCUCGAGGGCUCCUUUCCCUACAGCCACAGUGACUGGAUCUGCUUCCGCCGGAAACUGGAGACCUUUGUCACAGACUGCCAGGACGCCAUUGCUUUCUUACAAAAUUUAGUCAGCUCCCUGAGCACCCACAGGACCCUCAGCACGGCUCAGGAAGUCACAGAGUUAAUCAGUGAGCACAAGGCCAUAAUGAAACGAGUCCUGGAAGAUGCACUGCUGGUCACCCUCCGCCUGGAAGGUGGCACUGUGCUGGCACGGCUAAGGAGGAAAGAGCAAGGGGCCAGUGAAGACAGCCGAGACAGCAUUGAGGCUGCCUCCCGACUGUACAACCAAGUGGAUGAAGAGGUGCACAGGCUGGUCCUCACCUCCAACAGGUGUCUCCAGGAGCUGGAGAGUCUGCGGGAACUGAGGGCACUCCAGGAGGAACGUGAGCAGAUCAAAGCAUGGUUUGAAAGAGAGCACGAGACGUGGCCGAGCCCUUUGGAGCUGCUCCCUGUUGAGAACGUGAAUCUGCUGCAGCCAGAACUGCGGGCCAGGCACCCGAGGCCGACGCAGUGCCGUCAGGAAGGACGACAGCUGAAGGAAGAGAACAACUCGAGGGGCACAGAGGACACGGUGCAGGACGCCAGGGGGUAUCUGAGCGCCACAGCCGGCCAGGAGCGGACGGAGGGAGAGCUGGCCCAGCGGGCCCGCCACUCCCAGUUCUGCCUAGCGGUGAACAGGGGGAUGCUGCACCGCGGUGAGUGCCUGCAACCUCUGGGCCCAGAGCUGGUGGCCGAGUGUCUGAAGAGCUGUCCCCAGGAUGCCAGGGGGGUGUCGGCGAGCGUGGCGGUGCUGGGCCUGGGCAGCCAGCAGGCGCUGCAGCAGUGGCACGCCUUGUGGCUGCAGUGCCAGCAGAUGCACCUCUGCUCCCAAGAAGCCCUUUUUGAGGCUCUCCCGGGCCCCGGUGCCCCCCCUCCAGACCAGGGGCCCUUGAAGCAUGAGCUCAUCCAAGGGGCCGAGAUGAGGCUCUGCGAGCCAUCCUGGACCCCCCUCACGGACCCUCAGGGCUACGCUGGGGAGCGGGCACAACUGCUGUCCAGCCUCCCCGGACAGGUCACUUUCUGCGGGCAGGACGGUGAGCACCUGGACUCAGGUGUACACACCCCAGACGACAGUUCCACCUGCUCCUCUGAGCCCAUCCAGAUGCCCAUCAUCCACCACAGGAAACAGCCCCUGAAGAAAAUGAUGAAGAAAACACUCACCUCGGCGAUGCCACAGCUUGACAGUAGCCCCAGGGACUCCCACUGGCCAGCCCACACUGGGGGCUUCAUCAAAGGCCUGGAGGUGGCCAGCACGGUGGCCUCAGAGAAGAAGCCCCCCCUGAGGCCACAUGCCAAAAGCCCCCUGGUCACUCGGAACCGGAGCCUGUCCUCUCCCUCCAGGAUCCAUGCCUCCGAGGAGGACAGGAGGAGGCCAGCAGGAAGCAGCCGCCUGCAGCACAUAAUGGCCGAGAUGAUCUCCACGGAGAGGGAGUAUGUUAGGUCCUUAGGAUAUGUCGUCGACAACUAUUUUCCAGAGAUGGAAAGAGUGGACCUGCCGCCGGACCUGCGAGGGAAGCGCAGCAUCAUUUUCGGGAACUUGGAGAAGCUCUACAACUUCCACCAACAGCACUUCCUCACAGAGCUGGAGCGCUGCCGGCACUGCCCCUUGGCCGCCGGGCGCGGGUUUCUGAGACACGAAGAACAGUUUGGUAUGUACGCGCUCUACAGCAAGAACAAGCCCCAGUCGGAUGCCCUGCUCUGCAGCCACGGUCUCACCUUCUUCAAGGACAAACAGCAGGCACUGGGCGACAAGAUGGACCUGGCCUCCUACCUGCUGAAGCCCGUGCAGCGCAUGGGCAAGUACGCCCUGCUGCUGCAGGACCUGGUCAAGGAAGCCGGGCGCUGCCCCGCCCACGAGCAGGAGCUGGCGGAGCUGAAGGCCGCCGAGGACAUGGUUCGCUUCCAGCUGCGCCACGGCAACGAUCUGCUGGCCCUGGAUGCUGUUCGCCGCUGCCACGUGAAUUUGAAGGAGCAGGGGCAACUGAGAUGCCGGGAUGAGUUCAUCGUUUACUGUGGAAGAAAGAAGUACCUGAGGCAUGUCUUCCUUUUCGAAGAUCUCAUCUUGUUCAGCAAGACGAGGAAGGUGGACGGAAGCUACGACAUCUACACAUACAAGCAGUCCUUCAAGAUGGCUGAAAUCGGCUUGACGGAGACCGUCGGGGACAGUGGUGUGAAAUUUGAGAUCUGGUUCCGCAGGCGGCGGAAAUCCCAGGACUCCUACAUCCUCCAGGCGAGCUCUCCAGAGGUCAAGGCCAUGUGGACCGGUGUGAUAGAGAAGAUCCUGUGGCGGCAGGUUCUGAGGAACAGAGAACUCAGAAUGCAAGAAAUAGUGUCAAUGGGGCUGGGCAGCACACCGUUCCUGGACAUCAAGCCCAGCGAUGCAGCCCUAAGUGAUCAAGCUGCCGAGCACAACAUGAAUGGAACAGAGUCAAGAGCCCACGCAUCCACAGCUGUGCCUGCCCGUAACCACCCCACCCCCUUCAAGAGACCGCACUCCACCAUCUCAGACAGCAGCACCUCCUCCUCCAGCAGCCAGUCCUCAGCCGCCCUGCACGUGUCCACCAGCCAAGCCCACUGGCCCUGGCCGCACGACGUCCACGCCUGCAUCGAGGAGGACGAGCCGGAGCAGGAGCCGGGGAGCCAGCCUGCGCUACGUGCCAAGAGCUCGGAGUCUUCCCAGUGCAAGUCGGGGGACAGCAGCCCUGGCCAACCCGAGCUGUCACAGCCCCUGUUCUCCGAUAAAGGCCCCCAGAGCACAUCUCCCCCCCUUCCACAGAGGGACCUGCAGCCACAGCUUGACAGAGGCCAGUUCACCACGACCAACACCCCCCCUCAGGUCUUCGGCGUCUGGACAGCGGUUUGAGUGGCAGGCAAAACACUGUAAGUAAUGGUUUUCCCAGCUUCCCCCACGGACCAGGGGUUCUCUCGCCCACCAUGUUCCCUAAGGCGCCGGGCACCCCACCACCCCCAGGCUGCCUGACCCAGUCUCUGCCUGUUGCAGAUACUUCCAAAUCGCGAUCGCACAGCUGGCAUUGACAGCACCACUAGCGGGCGCACCGGCCGGGCAGGGCUGCUCCCCCAUCUUCCCGUCUGACCGCCCUCUGUCUCGCUGCCUAAACCCCCUGGCGACCGGCAGACUCAAGAGGCCAGGAUUGGCCGCUCGGAGAGCUCAGGCCUUUGUCCAACAGGAGGGCCAGGCCCUCAGCCCCUGCUGCAGAUGGUCUCCCCCAGAGGCCCAGCCAAGGCCGUGGAGACCACCCAUCCCGUCCUGCCUCCAGGGUGUCCUCCAGAGCACCCCCUAUCAGCAGUGGCUCAAGGGGACCUGGCACCCUCUCCUGUGAAUGGGGCCUCCCUGACGCCCACUCCCACCUCCCGUGCCCUGUGCCUCGCCAGCAGUUGUCCUCAGACAAGGCUGCCACUCAUUCUGCCCAAUACUCCGUGCGGGAAUUCCAUGCACACACCGAAUCCACGUCGCAGCAGGCACGAGGUGCUGCACGGGCACCGCUGCCAUGGGUGGGAGCCACAGUCCAAUCGUCAGGAGGAAGACUUGGCAGCAGAUUCCUUGGGUGUGAAGCCACUUCCUCCACCAAGAUCUCAGGCCUCGGUGUUCUGGGCGGACAGUGGGGGAGGCACAAAGGAGUGCAGGAGACAUCUCGGCCUGAGCUCCAUUCUCAGACUCCGGAGAAGAACCCCUGCCCACCCCUCCCGCCAUCCCCACCGCCUCCCACAGUUUCCCUGCACUGACCAUCGUCUGUGUGUGUGUGUAGGUGCCAGAGCCACUGACAAGUCUGCAAGUCCAUGUGAAUCCUUCGUGCCUAUAAAACAGACUCUUUUCCGCAAAACACAUGUGAAAUCAUAUAAGUGAUUUCAGUUCACAUGAGCAGCUGCUGGUGAGACACACAAACUCACACACCCAUCCCAGGAUCAGAAUGGCAAGCACAGACGGACACAUUUCAGGGCCAAAACCCUUUCACCCACGGACGCCCUGUGAUGCCAGCUGAGGGCUGCCCAGCAGCCACUCCCAUCCAGGCCCAGACCUGCAGCUCAGACCAGCGCUGCACCUGCCACAGGGAAGUCAGCUCACAGGCUCGUGCAUGGGUCCCUGUCCUUGACCUUGCCUGGCCCCAAGUGCUUCUUAGAAAGUUGUGUCCAUGAGCCCCAAGUGCCUUUUGUGGUGUGGGGACCCCUGUGGAGCCUCACAGACAAGGACUCAGUGCUCUGACAGACCUGGGGGCUCAGGGCCAGUGGGAGGAGGCCAGGGGAGGUAACAGGGUCAUUGUUUUGACAGCUCUGAGACCUGGAUGGGAUGUGGCUACUCCAGGCAGAGGAACCUCAGCCUGGACCUGUACAUGAGGUCUGAGGAUGAAACACAAGCUGGGCGCUCCUGACACAUGACCCCCAGCCACGGGAUUCUCGGUCACAUGCCCCUUGGGACCUAAGUCAUUCCCAUCAUGGCACCCCCCACCCCCACCCCCAAGCCUGUGCAUGGCCAGGCCUCUGCUUCAUCCUUCCUGUAUGGUUCUUCCUCCUCCGUCCAGCACUGACACCCCAUGCGGCCCAGCUUCUCUUACUGUGGUCGGAGCACACAGACCCCCUGUCCCAUGCGGAGGCCCAGACACACGUGGGCCUCAGAGCAGGGUGAGCCCUCUGGGACUGUGUCUCCCCACCUUCCAGGCAAUUCAGGUCGUGGGUGAUGGUCCCCAGGUGGGGUCCCAGAUGCAGGGAGAGUAUAGUGGGAUCCUCAGUUCUGUUUCCUGUGUAACAAGUUGUACUUAGUCAGCAGAGCGAUACUAGAGUUAGGCUCAGGGGUCACAGGUGGAGCCUGUGGAGGCUGGGUGGAGGCUGCACCCUGCUUCCCAGAUAGGCGCCAGGGUGGGGCCGGGGCACGGCAGGUGGGCCUGCAGCUCUGAGGAGCCAGUGCUGGAGGUCGGUUGGUGUGGACAUUGCCUGAGAAGACAACCCUCACCAGAUGAGUUGAAUCAGAAGCAGGAAGAGCCUGGGAGACUCCAGACCCGUAAUGAGCUUCCUGCCGCAGACAUCUCACCCCCCCCCACCCCCACACCCCAGCCACCCCCACCACCACCACGUGGACCUCCAGGACUAGGAGCGGUGGUGGCAGGGGCCACGCCUCUGUGAUUUGCCAGCUGUGGAGACUGUUUUGUUACAUGUUUAGUGCUGACUUGUCCCAAACUUAGGUACAGAAAUAAAUAGGAUGUGUUUUUACCA